AUGAAGAGCCUGAAGCAUCCAAACCUGGUGAAUCUGUUGGAAGUGUUUCGGCGGAAGCGGAAACUCCAUUUGGUGUUCGAGUUCUGCGAACAUACGGUGCUCCACGAGCUGGAACGUUACCCACAAGGAUGUCCCGAGACUAUGGUGCGGAGCAUCAGUUGGCAGAUCCUGCAGGGUGUGGCGUACUGUCAUCAGCACAACUGCAUCCAUCGGGACGUUAAACCGGAGAAUAUCCUUCUGACAGCACAGGGCGUCGUUAAGCUUUGCGACUUUGGGUUCGCCAGGAUCAUGAGUCCAGGAGAGAACUACACCGACUACGUAGCGACAAGAUGGUACAGAGCCCCAGAACUACUAGUAGGGGACACGUUGUACGGCCCACCGGUAGACGUCUGGGCGAUAGGUUGUGUGUUUGCGGAACUCGUGAGGGGGGAGGCUCUCUGGCCGGGGAAGUCUGACGUAGACCAACUUUACCUCAUCCGCAGAACACUUGGUGACUUAACACAAAGACACAUGCUUAUUUUCAAAUCCAAUGAAUUCUUCGCUGGAAUCACUCUACCUCAACCAGAUUCUCUGGAACCAUUGCAUGAAAAACUGCCAAAACACGCUCUCGGUGACCCAAACAUUUUGGAUUUUCUACAUAAAUGCUUAGACAAAGAGCCCAGCAAGAGAUGGACUUGUGAGCAGCUUUUGACACAUCCCUAUUUCAACAACUUCCACUUCAAGUUACCAGAUCAAGAACUAGAAGAGUUCGAAAAGCUCAGAAAACAUAGGGAUCGUUCAAGGAACUCCAGCUAUAGUAUUGCUGGAGGCUCCAGUCUGCUGCCCCAGCUACCCAGUAAUGGUCCGAGCCCCGACUACAGCCGGUCUAACCACUUGCGUGGUCACACAUUUGACCAUCUCCCUGACAUUUGACAGAUUCCACGAUAAAAGUCCUAACUUUCCUCAUGGAAACGUCUCAAGUUGACAAAAUAUAGGACAACCCCAUUAAAAAAAUGUUGCAAAAAACGUUAUUGUUACCAGGGAUAAUUAUUUUUUAAGUAUAUAAUAUAAUUAUGUUCUUUCUACAUGGGAAGCUGUUCAGGAACUGAAAUGUGAAAAAGAUCAUGUGUAUUGCUUGAAGUCAGUGACAUAAAAAGAAUCUUUAUCUGGUGGAAAUGAAAAUUAGUGAAAUACAUCCAUUACAGGGACAGAGCGGAUACAUGGUACUGUUUAAGUAUUUUAAUUGGGCUGUACAAAAACAGUUAAUAUAUUUAUACACACAUAUUUACAUUUCAAUAUUUAUUUUUGUUCUGGAGGAAUUAACCCUUUCUUCCUUAUUGAUACCACU